AAAGUGUAUUCCACAAGCAAUCAUUUCACCAAUCUCGUCAAAAGAGAGACACAUCUCAUGCUUCGUUUACAAGUUACGAUUUAUACAGACUAGCUUUAGCAUAGUACAUGCCAUCCGUCUUCUCAUCUCUCGAGAAGACCACCCAUUUCUCUAGCCAGACCACUCACUCCUCCAUACCCGGCCGGCUGUCCAAAAUAUUCCAGCAUCUGCGUAACAUACAGAACCCGCUAUAUGCCAGGUGCGCCAUAGUGUGUCUACCAACCCCGUUCCCGUUGCCGCUAAAAAAAUCGCCCGGCCAUUUUGUCGGCUGUGUGCCCCAGGAGAAAGUUGUGGAAAGGAGUCCCCUACCCGCCCGCCUUGCUCCGUUUCCGAUAAAAGUUCCCGUUUGCCCUAGUUGCAGUGUCGAAGAGAAGAAAGGUCUGUUCCGUAGACUGCAACUGCUGUCGAGUAUACGUCCCAGCUACCGAGUAUGCUGCCGUCGAGAAGAAAAAAAUAAAAAUAAAACAAAUAACGCAGACUCGAAUCUGUCUAGGUAUCGUGCAGUAUGCAGAGCCGAGAGAAGAGGAAAUUGCUGAACCACACAAGCCGUCAAGAAGAGAAGAAGUGAAAUCGUGCAAAUCUUGUGUAAGUCGCUUUUUGCCCGCACGCUGCGCCAGACAAAUCCAGAUACUAAAAACUGAAACUAAAACUCCCGACC